AUGAGUGCUGACCCUGAGGCGCCAGCGAACCCGUCGCGCUUUAGCGGCGGCCACAUUGUGCGCAACAUGAUCUACGCCCACGAUGAAAACCACAACCUGGAGAUUCUCUCAGGGUGGUCGGAGCAGGGGACACGUGAGUACGAUCAGGAAACGGUUCGGCCUGCCAACACGAACAUGGACAAGAGUCACCCAUGCUUUUCACUCAACCAAGAUCUGCUGCGGUGUUCUUACCGUUGCCCUACCGAGAUGAAGCUGGGAGGGCGGACGGCCACCUGCAAUACGGAGCGCCAAGUACUCAUGCGGUGCCUCGUGAAGAAUAAGCAGUGGCGACCCAGUGAGACAGACAAGAGGCAGUGGUAUCGCUUCUGGUGA